AUGACGCUGAUUACAGACAAGAUUAGUCAAAUUCUUUCAAAUCAAGCGGUACACAGGCUUGUAAAACCGGGGAACACCUUGACAGUAAUCACUCAGAGUAGUUGUUCAUUUCAGGUGCAUGGUGGGUUGGACUUCAAUGACCUCCUGCUCAGGAACACAGAUGAAACCAACAGCUGCCACAGCAACCAGCCGUGGACUAUCACAAUUCAUGACACCGUGAGCCCUGAAGGAAGUGCUGCGGAUGACUUCCUGGACGCUCUGCUGGGUGGGAGCAACUGCUCCUCAGCUCUGGCCUCCCCCCUAUGGUCACCCUGCACCACCGACAGUGGCAUCAACGAGGACCCCGCGACAGAUCCCGCAGAGAGCCCUCACCCAUGCUCCUGCACAGAUUUUCCAGCCUUUGACACGCCGGUUUUCCCUCAGACUCCAUCUCUGGAGAGUCAGCUACCAGCAAAUGAAAAAACAGCUGAUGUUUCCAUCGAUCUAAGUUGGGAGUCCAAUGACUGCCAGGAGGAGUUUGGAAUUGCAUACUACCUCACUAUGAACCAAAGCUCCGCGAUGUCGUCCAGUCAGACGCUCACAGUGAAGGACCUGCUGUUGUCAAACGUGGGACAGAACGCACAAGGAAUCCCCCAGCAUUCCCUGCAGGAACUUGUACUUAAUGAGGAUGAGAAGACGCUUCUGGCUAAGGAAGGGGUGAACUUGCCCAGCAAACUGCCCCUGUCCAAGUUUGAAGAGAGGGUUUUGAAGAAGAUCCGGCGGAAAAUCCGCAACAAGCGCUCGGCUCAAGAAAGUCGGAAGAAGAAGAGGGACUAUGUUGAUAGUCUGGAGGGAAGGAUGUCUGCAUGUGGUGCUCACAACCUCGAACUGCAGAGAAAGAUCCAGCAGUUGGAGGAGACCAACAAUGUCCUGCUGGAGCAGCUAAACCGGCUACAGGCUCUCCUCCCUAACAGCUCCAGCAAAACAACACACAAAGGGACCUGCAUCCUGGUUUUGUUCCUCUCCCUCUCUCUGCUCAUUUCCUCAAAUCUCCAGCCAGACCCUUACAGCCAACUCAGCCAGAAAGAGUACGCAGAGAGCAAAGUGCCGUCCCGCUCCCUGCAAUCGCUGGAUGAAGUGCGAGGUGUCCCUCCUCCUCCUCCUAUCUUUUCCAUCUCCAGGGGCUUUGAGGCCUUUUGCAGUCUGACGGAGAAGCUCUGGCCCAGGACAGGUUUCCCCAAUGGUGACUCCCAAUCCUCUCACCACCAGGAUCACAGGAACCGGGACACUCACUGAUCCCCUCAGGAGCCCCAGGAGGAACGAUAGAAGCAAAGGCGUGCAGGCUCGCUUGCAGGCGCAGCAUCCAAAUUAGCAAUUUUAUUGCUUUUCAGCAUCUGCUUCCCACUGCAGAGACAGAGUGAAGUGUCACGGUGUGUGUUUGCCAUCUGCUAUAACACACAAACGGCUAGCUAAACGAUUUUUCUUACUGAAAUUCACUCACUCAGAUGGAGGUCGUUGAGGAGGUCGUCCACACAGACACUUUCUUUGGAAGAACGAAGCCUCAAGCACCUGGUGGACCAUGUAUUUUAUUGCUGAUGUACUUCUGCAUGAUGAAGGCAUGCACAGUGCG